AUGAAUGCCGGACUGGCCUCGUCGAGGCGCAAGUCUCGCAAGUUGCACUUUGGCGCUCCUUCAAGCAUCCGACGAACAAUCAUGAGUGCUCCCCUGAGCAAGGAAUUGAGAGAAAAGCACAAUGUUCGCAGCAUUCCCAUCCGGAAAGAUGACGAAGUUACCAUCGUCCGAGGCUCCAACAAGGGCCGUGAAGGCAAAGUCACGUCCGUCUACCGAUUGAAAUACCUGAUUCACAUUGAGCGAGUUUCCCGCGAAAAGUCCAACGGCCAAUCCGUACCCAUUGGCAUUCAUCCCAGCAAAGUUGUCAUCACCAGACUCAAGCUUGACAAGGAUCGAGAAAAGAUCUUGGAGAGGAUCGGAAAGGGUCGGGAAGCUGUCAAGUCUUAG